AUGCCCGAGCCGAUGCUGGAGGCUAACGAGGCCACGACGGUUGCCAUCCAAGACUGCUUGGAGGAAGGAUGCUCGGUGGAGGCUCUCAUGGACCUCGAUGGCAAGCUUGCACGGGACGAAGCAAGAGUCAAGGCCAUGCUUGAUAGCCUGCACGACGUGCAGAGCAAGGAGUACUGUGAG